UUUCUCAGAAGGUGUUUCAGUGUUUGGAUUAUGGUUUAGGGGACGAGGGUUUUUCCGUCUACAUAGCGAAAGGUAACGCCCUUCUUCCCUCCGCUCUCUUUGCCGACGCAUCGAACUACGCCGCCGCUUCCCAUCCUUCUCGUAUCCUCUCGUCGUCCGGAGCCAGCUCCCUGCUCCUGUUUGACCAACCAAACCCUAGCUAGGUUUCUUCCCCUUUCGACGCGCUACAUUACAUUAUGAAAGUGUUACAGGCAAAUGCCGGGACUCUCACCAACUAUGAGGUUCUCGAAUUUCUACGCGGGAGAGGCGCGACGAGCGACCCUAUGGGGUGCCUUGGUGCGGCUGCGCCUUCCGAGUGCAAGAUAAAGGAAUCAAUCAAUGAGUUUUUGAAUAAAACCGAAAAGUUCAAACUUGCAAAAGUGGAGAAGCUCAAUAUCAUAAACCUGCGGCCAUCCAACCCAGCUAUUAUUGAUACGAUUAUAGAAUACGGUGAGAAGUGUCUAGCAAAAGACGACGUUAAAGGGAUAGACGAAGUUCAGGGACUUGUGGAUCUAGUGCUGGAGGUUUUACCACCACCUUCACCAAGGUCUGAAGAUGAGAUGCAAGGUCAGGAAGAGAUGCCCACUGAGAAAGCAAUGGAUGAAGAUUAGUUUUGUUUACAACAAAUUCUUAGUUCAAUGCUCAAAAGCGAUUGUACAUGGAUUUCAUCAUGUAAGCAACCUGUACCCUGAAUUAAUGAAGUUUGCUACUGUAAAAAGACUAGUGUUAAGUUAUUAAUUGAGCUACUGUUUCUGAUUUUCUUGGACAACUGAAAUAUC